GCCACCCAAAUUGCUCUCUCUCUCUCUCUCUGUCUGUCUCUCUCUCAAAAAAAUAUCUAACUAGACAACACCACUGAGAGAUUCUCCCAAGAAAUUUAACAGUACAUCAUCAGAUGGUAGUAGAAGAAGAAGAAAAGAGAUGAAAUCACCAAGCUUUUCUCUUUCUUCUCCCCUCUCUCUCUCCUCUUAACCCUCUUCACCUCCUAUUCACCCUUCAUCUACAUAGAUAUAUAUAUCAAGAAAACCCAUCUCCCUCCUUUUCUCUCUCUCUCAAGAAAAAAAAAAACCAUGACCCUUGAAGAGUCCUUAAGAUCUCUGUCUCUGGACUAUCUAAACCUGCUAAUCAAUGGGCAGGCCUUCAGUGAUGUAACAUUCAGUGUGGAGGGUAGGCUAGUCCAUGCCCACAGGUGCAUAUUAGCAGCGAGGAGCCUCUUCUUCAGGAAAUUCUUCUGCGGGCCAGAAACUCCGGCGGGUUUGGACAUGUCGAGGAUUGGGGCGGCCGGGGGAGGGUUGGCAUCGUCGCCGAGGGGGUCGAAUCCUCCGCAGGUAAUACCGGUGAAUUCAGUGGGAUAUGAAGUGUUCUUGUUGAUGCUUCAGUUCUUGUACAGUGGCCAAGUCUCCAUUGUUCCUCAGAAGCAUGAGCCUAGGCCUAAUUGUGGCGAGAGAGCCUGUUGGCACACACAUUGCACCUCUGCCGUUGAUCUUGCUCUUGACACCCUCUCUGCCGCUAGAUCCUUUGGUGUUGAACAGCUCGCAUUGCUCACUCAGAAGCAAUUGGCAAGCAUGGUGGAGAAGGCCUCAAUUGAGGAUGUUAUGAAAGUCUUAAUAGCUUCAAGAAAGCAAGAAAUGCACCAACUUUGGACUACUUGUUCUCAUUUGGUCGCCAAGUCUGGCCUCGCACCAGAAGUCCUAGCCAGGCACCUCCCCAUCGAAGUCGUGACGAAGAUCGAAGAGCUCCGCCUAAAAUCAUCGCUCGCUCGCCGAUCCCUCAUGCCCCACCACCACCACCACGAUCUUGGUGCGGCCGCUGAGCUUGAAGACCAGAAAAUUCGACGAAUGAGACGAGCACUCGACUCAUCUGAUGUCGAACUUGUCAAACUCAUGGUCAUGGGCGAAGGGCUUAACCUCGACGAAGCACUAGCUUUACAUUAUGCAGUCGAAAAUUGUAGCCGAGAAGUGGUGAAAGCAUUGCUAGAACUCGGUGCAGCCGAUGUUAACUACCCGGCUGGACUAGCGGGGAAAACUCCGCUUCACAUCGCGUCAGAAAUGGUGUCGCCGGACAUGGUAGCGGUGCUCCUGGACCACCACGCCGACCCAAAUGUUAGGACAGUUGAGGGAAUUACUCCGCUCGACGUGCUUCGAACCUUAACUUCUGAUUUCCUAUUCAAAGGGGCUGUGCCGGGGCUAACCCACAUCGAACCCAACAAGCUUAGGCUCUGUUUGGAGCUUGUUCAAUCCGCGGCUUUGGUGAUUUCAAGGGAAGAAGGAAGUGGGAAUGCUCCUUCUUCGACACCGAUUUAUCCACCGAUGAGCGAUGAUCACAAUAGUAGCAGUAGCAGCGGAAACAUGGCUAACCUUAACUUGGAUUCAAGGUUGGUUUAUCUGAAUCUAGGUGCAGCGCAAAUGGGGUGUAAGAUGGAUGAAGGAGAUGAUAGUAACAGCCACAAUAACAACCAGAGGGAAGCCAUGAAUCGACAUGGGUCCCAAGGUGGUGGUGGUGGUGGUGGUUGUAAUGACCCCUCAAUCUAUCACCACCACCACUCCCAUGAGUACUAGCUCAACUCAACUCAACUAUAUGUCCCUCUCUCUCUCUCUCUCUCACUCAGCCUCUUUCUAUAUGUCCAAGAGGUUGGAAAGCCAGAUGAAAAUUGAUCAAACUCAUGGAGAUUGUUAUUUUGGAUUAUAUAUAUUUAUCUCCCUAGUCAUAUCUUUUGAUUUUGCUGUUUUGUUCUCUCUCUCUCUCUCUCUGGUAUCUGUGGUUGGUGUUUGUGAUUUUUGUAGGGGGGGCUUCCAAUGAUGAUCAUAUGCAGCAGAGAAAUGAGCAUUUGAAGAUGGGAUUUUUCUCAAGGGAUGGGAUGAGACAAAGGAGAAUCUAAGUUUUGCAGUGGGUGAUGGAUGGAUGGAUGGAUGGAGAGGACACAGGUCAAUCUUUUCAUAUUUCAACUCCUCCCCCUGGCUGUCAAACUCCUGUAUUUAUUGGUAUAUCUAAUUGUCAUUACCUAUUUAUUGUGACGUUUUAUUUUGUUGUCCCCCACCCACAUAUCAUGCGAUUUAUAUAAAUAUAUAUAUCAUAAGGUUAAAUUAA